GAUCACUUUAUAGGCAAUUGAUGCGCAUUAUGGAUAUGUUGAAGCAGCUAGGGCACAAGUCUGUGCGUUUUUGAGGCCGCGCGCUCAAAGUUUGGCCGCGCGUUAACUGACCAGCUCGCUAUCAACUUCCAUCUUUAUCCCGUCAGCAUGGAGCGCAAUUACGCGGGGGGCUACUCUGGAGGCGGGCAGCCCAGCAACCUCGUUUCUUCAGGCCGGCGUGCCGGAACCGUUCGGACCGGCACGCCCGAUGCCGCCCCAGCGGCGGGCGGCUACGCGGGCGCAGGGGCUGCAGAUGAUGCGGCAUCGCACCAGGCGCGCUUCGGUCGGCGGGCGUCGCCCGGAGCCUACCCCUCCGGCGGGGGCAUGGACAUGGAGCCGCCCCGCGGAGGAGCCAGCGGCUACACCCCAUCCGCGGCCGCCGGGGCGCCGCGCGCAGCCGGCAUCCCACGCUCCGGCGCGGCCGCAGGCGCCUACUCCGCCUCACCCGCCGCGUCCUCAGCAGCAGCAGCAGCAGCAGCAGCAGCGCCACCCCCAGGGGCGGCAGCGGCAGGACCCAGUAGCAAGCUCUCGGGGCUGCAGCGCCUGAAGGAGGCGGCAGCGUCUCGCCUGGUCAGUCGCAUCCCCAGUGGGGGGCGGCAUGCGCCUGAGUCUGCCGGGUACGUGCCCUCAGCCAUGACCCACCAGGCCCCGGCCCGGCCUGCGCCCCUGCGUGCCGGCUCUGGCGGCGGUGGCGGCGCCUCCUCGGGCACCUCUGCUGCCGGCCGGCCACCCUCCACUGGCUCCUCAGGCUACGGCUACAGCUCCAGUGCUGCCGCCGGUGCAGCCGCGGGCCGGCCGGGGUCGGGCCGGAGCGCGUCCACUGGAGCCGCGCUUGGCGCCGGCAGCAGGGCACCCGGGGCGAGCAGCGGGUACGGGUAUGGGUCCAGUGCGGCGGGUACCUCGUCCACCUCGGCGAGUGGACGGCCGCCGUCAGGGAGCGGUGCCGCGUCCGCGGCUGCGGCGUCUGCAGCUCGCCCCUCGGCCUUGGCGUCGCUGGCGGCGCGGCGGCAGCAGACGGCGGAGCCGGCAGCGGCUCCGCCGCCGCGGGCGCCUCCGGCAGCGGCUCCGCCGCCGCGAGCGCCUGCGGCAGCGGCUCCGCCGCCCCGCGGCCUUUCAGGCCCCAUCCGCGCGCCGCCGCCACCAGCCCCGGCGCCCUCGUAUGGCGGUGGUGGUGGAGGCUACGGUGGAGGUGGUGGCUUUAGCGGCGGCGGCGGCGGCUUCGAUGCGGGUACCAUUCCGCCGGGUGCGGACGACCCCGGCCCGACGGGCCCCAUGGUGGAGUGCCCCUCGUGCGGGCGCAGGUUCAAUGAGCAGGCCUACUCCAAACACGCCAAGAUUUGCGAGAAGGUGUUUGCCCAGAAGCGAAAGCCGGUCAACAUGGCAGCUAAGCGACUUGAGGGCUCUGAGGCCGCCAAGUUCUUCGACAUGCGCAAGGGGGUGCCCAAGAGCGAGGCCAAGGGGGCGGCAGGGCCACCCGGCAAGGCAGCGCCCGGCCGAGGCGCGGGGGCUGCUGGCGGGACGCGGCUGGACGACCGGCCGCUCCCCGGGUCCAAGAUGCCCAAGUGGAAGGCCCAGUCCGAGCAGCUGCGGCAGGCCAUGGCCGCAAACAAGAGGAUCGCGGACGCGGCGGCUCGCGGCGUGGACAUCAAGGAUGUCAAGUUCACCCCCACCCCCCCAAAAAAGGACAACCGGGGGGAUGUCAAGUUCACGCCCACGCCCGCAGAGCAGGACGACCGCGUGCCCUGCCCGCACUGUGGCCGCAAAUUCGCGGAGCUGACCGCCGAACGCCACAUCCCCAAGUGCCGGGACAUCCUGGCCAAACCCAAGUUCCUGGGGGCAAAGAGCGGACGCGGCGCGCACGUGCGCCGGUAGCACAGCGGCAGCAGCAGUGACAGCAGGCGCGGACGGGGGCUUUUCGCUUGGCAACAUGUUCAGCCAUCACAUCGCUUGCAUUACUUGAUGGCUGGGCGGGGCCCGGCCGCAGCGGGAGCGCUGGUGCGUAGCUCGUGCUGCCGUCCGUGAUGGAAGUGGUCGCGCUGUCGUCAGCAGGUUGUCAGUGGCAGGUACCGUGGUGGUGUGGGGGCUGUGCGCACAGUUGCAGCGGUGGUGCGGCAUGGGGCACAGGGGAGGAAGGACGGGGCGCGAGGGAACGACUCCCUCGUCGCAUCAUGUGGCAGGUGGAUGGCAGCUUUGGGGAGGCGCCGGUUAGCAAACGUGGAGCGAGGCGCGAGGCAACAGGCUAGCAGCAUGGCGUACUGUGUGAUGUACCGCACCGACAACGCGAGAAAACGUGUCGCGGAAUCCCAAAUAAAUUCUGCCAAAGCAAGCGAAUAACAAGGGGUGUCAGCUUUGUACAGCUGGAAAAUGGGCUGAGCCCCCGUACGCUUGGGAGCUAAUAGGCGUGUAACGCCCCGUCAGA